UCUCUGAUUGGUUCAUCCACUCAGGUCAUGACUGUCGUAAAAUUGUCCAUUCACUUUCCGGCAGCUGAGCACGUGUGUACUGCUGAGCUCUUCAAGCGUUUCUCACAGCAUCCGGUUGCCAUGGCGAAGAGUCUGCGCAGUAAGUGGAAGAGGAAGAUGAGAGCGGAGAAGAGGAAGAAGAACGCGCCUAAGGAGCUGGCUCGGCUGAAAGCGGCUCUGGGGCAGGAAGGGAAAGGAGAGAUCAGCAUGAAGGAGGUGUGCGAGACGGCGACGGUGAUCCCCGCACACACGCUGAGGGACAGAGCGCGGGACAGAGCGCAGGACGAGGAGAUGGGACGAGACGACGCCGGAGACCAGAACGAGACGGGGAAGAUGGAGACGGACAGUAAGAGGAAUAAGGACACGCUGCUGAAUGAACAUGGACAGUACCCUGUGUGGAUGAACCAGAGACAGGCCAAGAAACUCAAACACCAGCGCAGGACCAAGAAAACGGGCCAGAAGAAGAAGAAGGGUAUGGCCUGGUAGAUACACACACACACCUCUGCGCGUAUGUGUGUGUGUGUGGGGGGUUUAUGGACUGUUUUAUUCUCUAUGCUGAGUUCUAUAUCACUCCUCCUGUUUUAAACAGUUUGAGGAGAGAAGGUGAAAUGAGGUGAAGAGUGAACGCUGCAUCUCACCGUCACUUUAAGUGUAAAAAAAAAACAGUGAUUUUCUACAUGUAUAUUUCUUUUUCUCCCUGUAAAUCUAUUUUCCUUUAUUAAACUCCAACAUUCUCCUGA